AUGGCGCUGCAGGCGAGGGGGGCCGUGGCCAUCAUCCGGCUUUGCAACCCGCCGGUCAACGCGCUGAGCUUGGCAGUUGUCCGGGCAUUAGAGGAUGGACUGAAGAGAGCAGAUGAAGAUCCCUCAGUGAAAGCUGUUAUGAUUUGUGGUGACAAUGGGCACUUCAGUGGAGGAGCUGACAUUAAGGGAUUUUCAUCUUCCAAGGGACAGGGCAUUGGCUUGGGCCCCAUCGUCUCCCUCAUAGAAAGCAGCAGGAAGCCUGUGGUGGCUGCCAUUGAGGGCUAUGCCUUGGGGGGAGGCCUGGAGGUGGCACUUGGCUGCCACUAUCGGAUUGCACACAGGAAGGCACGGAUGGGUUUGCCAGAGGUCACCAUUGGGUUACUUCCAGGUGCUGAAGGCACUCAGCGCCUGCCCAGGCUGAUUGGGGUCCCAGCUGCUCUGGACAUGAUCACAACAGGAAAACACAUUCCAGCAGCUGAAGCUCUGAAGCUGGGCUUGGUUGAUGACAUUGUGGAAGAAAACACAACUGAGGCAGCAAUUCACAUGGCAAACAAAGUGAUUGGACAGCCACUGGGACCCCGCAGGCUCAGCCUGAAGCCGGUUCCAGAACUGCCCAACAUGGAAGCAUUUCUCAGCGAGGCCCUGGUAAAGGUGAAGAAGCAGGCCCGCGGGUCCCUGGCCCCGGAGCUGUGCUUCCAGGCGGUCAGAGCCAGCACCGAGCAGCCCUUCGCAGCCGGCGUGCGGCGGGAGCGGGAGCUGUUCGGGGUGCUGCUGGCCUCGGGCCAGGCCCAGGCGCUGAAGUACCUCUUCUUUGCGGAGAGAGCCGUGCACAGGUGGGCAACAGCCACGGGAGCUUCCUGGCAGCACGCUGCCCCCCAGCCCAUCCGCACCGCCGCUGUCAUAGGGCUGGGAACCAUGGGCCGAGGCAUUGUCACAUCUCUGGUUAAGGCCAAGAUCCCUGUGGUGGCCCUGGAGCAGGACCAGGAGUAUCUGAACACAGGAAGGAAAGCUGUGAUGGCCCUUUUGGAACGUGAGGCUAUGAAAAUGGAGCAGGGUACCCAGGGCCUGGAUUUCCACGACCCUUCCCGUCUGCAGUUCAGUGUGGACUUCGCUGCGCUGGGUGAUGUAGAUCUGGUCAUCGAGGCUGUGUUUGAGGACAUGCAGCUGAAGAAGGAAAUAUUCCGCAAGCUGUCCCAGGUCUGCAAGCCUGAGGCUCUGCUGUGCACCAACACCUCAGCCCUGAACGUCGACGAGAUAGCCUCUGCCACCAGCUGCCCGCAGCAGGUCGUUGGCACCCACUUCUUCUCCCCUGCCCACGUCAUGAGGCUGGUGGAGAUCAUCUACGGGCGGCACACGUCCCCUGGUGCCAUCGCCACUGCCAUGCAGCUGGCCAAGGCGCUGCGCAAGGUGGGGGUGGUGGUGGGGAACUGCUUCGGGUUCGUGGGGAACAGGAUGAUGUUCCCCUAUGUGCAGCAGGCACUCUUCCUUCUGGAGGAGGGCAGCAGGCCAGAGGCAGUGGAUCAGGCUCUGGAAGAUUUUGGAUUUAAGAUAGGACCCUUCCGGAUGUCCGACCUGGCAGGGCUGGACGUGGGCUGGAGGUCUCGGAAGGGCCAGGGCCUGACGGGGCCCUCGCUCCCCGCAGGGACCCCCCCGCGGCAGCGCCAUGGCCAGCGCUACAGCCCCCUGCCAGACCUGCUGUGCGAGCGUGGCCGCUUCGGCCAGAAGGCUGGCAGGGGCUGGUACCUGUACGAGAGGGCCGGGGGCAGGACAGCCAGCCCGGACCCCUGGCUACACAGCUUCUUGAGCCAGUACAGGGACACGCACGGCCUCCAGCCCCGCUCCAUCCAGCAGGAGGAGAUCCUGGAGCGCUGCCUGUUCGCCCUCAUCAACGAGGGCUUUGCCGUGCUGGCCGAGGGCAUCGCGGCCGGCCCGGAACACCUGGAUGUUAUCUACGCCAACGGCUACGGCUGGCCGAGGCACAGGGGGGGGCCCAUGUUCUACGCCUCCACCGUAGGGCUCCCGCGGGUGCUGGACAAGCUCCAAAAGUAUUCCGAGGCUCACCCUGACGUCCCCGGGCUGCGGCCCCACGCCCUGCUGCAGAGGCUGGUGGCCGCAGGCAGCCCUCCCCUCAAGGAGUGGAUGUCCUGCCUCGGCCAGAGCAGCAGCAAGCUGUGA